CUUCUUGGCCCCCGGGCUGGGCCGGGGGCGGAACGAUGCGGGAGGGAGGGGUCCGCCCGGGAGCGUUCGCCCUCCGCGCCCCACCCAGGAAGCGUCUGUGAAUGACUCGAAGUUUCCUUUUUUCCGCUUUCUCCUCAGUGCGUCCCCAGCGGAGCGAGCCCCUAACUCGCGGACUCUCCCUCCCGCCCCCGCCGGCCAUGGGCAGCCGCGACUACCUGUUCAAGGUGCUGGUGGUGGGGGACGCCGCGGUGGGCAAGACGUCGCUGGUGCAGAGGUACUCGCAGGACAGCUUCAGCAAGCACUACAAGUCCACCGUGGGAGUGGACUUUGCUCUGAAGGUUGUCCAGUGGUCUGAUUCAGAAAUGGUGCGACUCCAGCUAUGGGAUAUUGCAGGCCAGGAGCGGUUCACCUCCAUGACUCGUCUGUAUUAUCGGGAUGCCGCAGCCUGUGUCAUCAUGUUUGAUGUCACCAAUGCCACCACCUUUAGCAACAGCCAGAGGUGGAAGCAAGACUUGGAUUGUAAGCUCACACUGCCCAGUGGGGAGCCCGUGCCCUGCCUGCUAUUAGCCAACAAGAGUGACCUAUCCCCAUGGGCAGUCACUAGGGACCAGAUUGACCGGUUCAGCAAAGAGAAUGGUUUCACUGGCUGGACUGAAACGUCCGUCAAAGAGAACAAAAACAUCAAUGAAGCUAUGAGAGUUCUUAUUGAACAGAUGAUGGCCAAUACCAGGGAAGGCAGCACAUCUCUGUCAACACAAGGUGACUACAUCAACCUGCAAGCGGUCUCCACGCCUGGCUGGACCUGCUGUUAAUUGUGUGCAGCUUUCUCCCUAUCAUGGACAAGGAAGAUCAGACCGUGUCUCAGUUUUCCUUCCCGACCCACCCAGCUGCCUAAUUAAGAACUUGUGAUGGAUCUUCUACCAAAAAACACCAGCCUUGUUCCGUUAGAGCACUUUCUUCUGGCCAGCGGGUGGUCUCUCAUUCCUCAGACAACACCUGUAAGUCCCCGUGUAUAUUUUUGCUGUUGGAUGUCUGCUUUGAGUUACUCCUGUGGCACGGGCUGUGUGGCCCAUAGGGCCCUCUGCCCUCCUUCUCCUAGACUUGGCUGGAAUGUUCUUGGAGUAAGUAUAGAUGAAAGACAGCGCACUUUUUCAUUAUAACCCCAACUGUUCUCCAAACUAUCAUUCCAUGAUGGCAAUCCUGACGUCAGAUCAAGAGAACAAAGAUCAAGAUGCUCUCCUGCCGAACUCUUUUGUGGAUAAUUACUUUCGUUGUUCUCUCUGUGUCCUGGACUUUGGAUUUAAGUGUCUAACUCUUUUCUGGCUAGCUGCAGACUUGGAAUAACUGUAGGAACCUUAUGUUGCAUUUGUGGUUUUGAAAAGGCUCUGAAAUCUUGAUGAGCUUUCUCUCUCCCUCUCAGUAAUAGUAGUGAAGCUUUCAAUCCAGCUGUCCUUGGUGAUGACAGUAUCUCUCUUCCUAAGUAUGGACAGGGAGGAAAUGACUAGGAAAUCUUUCUGAGGUCUUUUUAUUCAUUAUACAAGAAUACAGUUGUAUAAACUGACUGGUUAAUAGGGAACCUGAAGCUCACUCAACUCAACAAAAGACACUAGCUGACUAUGAUGUGUGCCUCUUAAAUAGAAAGGGGACUUGGAAGUCCCCUGAAUCUGAGAGAAAAGUGAAACAAAGGGAAGGUGAGAAGUGAACAAGACUGGAUUCUGAGGGGCUGCUUAGCUCUUGGUAUAAGGUUUAUAGCUAGAGAAAGGUUGUGUGGUCCUGGGAAUAAGGAGGUUUAUUAUAUAUGUAACAUUAAACACAAAAAUCCCAUGAUUCUGUUUCAGGUCAUAGUUCACCUCUGGAUGUUUGGAUUUUUCUGUAGGAUUGAAGUUUAGGGGAAUGAUCUUUGGUGUCAGUUAUCCACGCAGGGCUAAAGCUGAGAAAUAGGUCACAGAGGUGAAAGUUCUGAACAUAAAGACCAGGUACCAGGACGGAAAAGAAGCCAAAACCUUUCCAAGAGAAAUUUAAUCUGUUUAAUACAACUUUUGUAAAAUCCCUAGAGACAUUUAAAGAUCCCUUUGAUGUUCAAUAAAUUUUGUUGAAAAUUUUGAGGAUUCCUUUUGUAAUAUUAUUCAAACAAGGUUUUUGACUGUGGUAUUUUCAAGUAAACAUCAUGUAAAAGUCACUUUUUAUGAAGGAGAAAUUGAUUUUACUCUACUCCCUUGUCCUGAAAAACUGGAAAUAAAAGUCUUAUGUGCUCAUUUA